GUUAAAUAAUGCCUGUACUUAUAAACAGUACAUAUACAACAAAUAAAACGAAACAAAAAUGACAAAGUAAUUUACAUACUUGAUACUAAUCAAUACUGUUUUGUACUUUCACUGUGAUCUGCAAUUAACUCCAACAAUAAAAUGCGUUUUCAAACACUUUAAACUAAUGCGACUGUCUCCAUACAAACAAACAUAACCUUGAAAAAAUAAAUCCAUCAUUCAAGAUAAAUCACUCAAAGAAAUUAUUGAAGGAAAUGAAGUUCGCAAAACAGCUGAAGAAAUGGAUGAACAAAGAGAAAAGACACUUGCUUAUGAAUACCUUUGUCAUUUAGAGGAAGCAAAAAAAUGGAUAGAAGCAUGUAUAAAAGAAAAUCUUCCUCCAACAACAGAAUUAGAAGAAAAUUUAAGAAAUGGGGUUUAUUUGGCUAAAUUAGGUCAUUUCAUAGCUCCAGAAAUUUGUCCUUCACAAAAAAUUUAUGAUUCCGAUCAGCAAAAAUAUCAACUUAAUGGAUUACAGUUUAGACAUACCGAUAAUAUUAAUUAUUUUUUACAAUGUCUUCAGUCGAUGGAGUUACCUUUUACAUUCCAACCUGAAACGACAGACAUAUACGACAAGAAGAAUAUGCCACGUUUAAUAUAUUGUAUACAUGCGCUUAGUACACAUUUAUUUAAACUAGGAAAAGCACCUAAAAUUCAAGACUUGUAUGGAAAAAUUAACUUUACAGAUGAAGAAAUUGAUGUUGUCAGUAAAGAAUUACGCAAAUAUGGUAUUCAAAUGCCACCAUUUCAAAAAAUUGGUGGCCUAUUAACUAAUAGUAUAGCUGUAGAUGAAGCUGCACUUCAUGCAGCAGUAAUAGCUAUAAACGAAGCUGUUACUGAAGAGAAUCAAAUGUUGAUGAUAACUGUUUUACAAGACGAGGCAGCACAGUUAAAUAACAUUUAUCCUAAGUAUGCUUUAUGUUAUAUUGAAGCUUUGAAGAACGCAAAAAAUAGUAAAAUACAAGCUGCGCUUAAUAGAUCUUUGAAUGACAGUUAUGUAAAAGAUGCAUAUGAUAAACUAUUAACUCAGGCAGAAAUCCAGGGUCAUAUCAAUCAUGUGAAUGUUCAACAAGCAGGGGAAUAUAUUAUUGAAUGUAUUGAAACUAAUAAUGACAAACUAAUCAAAGCCUUAAAAGCACCGGCAUUACAUUUACAGAAUAUCAUAUCUACCAAUAUAGAAGUUUAUAUAGAAAAAAUAUCGAAAUUAAUAAAAAGUCCCGAAUGGAAAAAAAAUUAUCUUGAAAUGAAUCAUCAUUGGCAGUAUUUACUUCAAAAUACUAUUGACUCAGUGAAUGAUGAAUUACUUAAAUUUCAAAAACGCAAGGAAGCUUUAAGAUUUUUAAAUGAUACUUUACUGGAUGGUGGAGUAACCGAAUUUUAUAAGGCUUUAAAAAAUCCAUAUCUUAAAUUAACCAAUGUAGAUAAAUUUGCCCUGCCAUUAUAUUAUGAAGAAAUGAAAAUUGAUCUUAUGGAAUGUGGGACUGACCUUACAUACAAUGAUAUAGUUGUUAGUAUUAAAGUAUUGACAGCGAUAGCAGCAAUUUCUAAAGCAGUGGAUGAAGGAGAUGCAUAUGCAGUUUACGACGCUCUCAAAAAUCCGGAUGCGCACGUUAUGAACUUAAUUGAAGAACAUAAAAUGAAAUAUUUUUGUGCAUUAGAAUCAGCACGCUUUCGAAAACUGUCCAAACGCCGCAUAUUAUGUAAUAUAUUAACGUAUAAUGAUAUACGAGACUGCAUCGAAAUUUCCAAUGAACAGUAUAAACAAGGUAACGAAGUAAUGCAAACUUUAACAAAAUUGAAUGUAGCCUUGGCUGAUAAUAAUCCAUAUGCUGUAACUGAAGCUUUCGCUAAAUUACAAUUAUUGUUAUUCUGGAAGUUAACUUCUAUGGAUCCUACAUUUGUUUACAAAUCGCUGAAAAAUAUUGCUUCGAAUAAAAAGACUUAUCGUCGUGACUUAUAUUUGUCAGAGGUGGAGGAGGCAAUGAUAAAUAUCGAUGUAACAGACACGAUGAUUGAAAUUUCAAUCGAAGUGCAUGCUAAAAUUAAUGAUUGUAUAGAUCAGGGUAAUCUUAAUGAUUUUAUGCGACAGAGUAUAAUAAAGGCAUGGGUAGCACUAGAUUCAAAUGAAAUUAAACAGGAAAAGUUUAAUAUAUUUUGUAAUUUAAGAAAAUUAAAGCUUGAAAAAUAUCAUUGCCCGUUUGUUACAUUCAUCGAUAAUUCAGAUAUCGAAUCAUACUUGAAUAUAAAAGAACGUACAGUCACAUGGGAUUUACCUGAAGAUUUAUCAGAAACUCAUUACGUCACUGAGGAUGAUGUUAAUUAUAUAAUAACAUAUUAUCCGAUGGAAGAUCUGCAUAAAUACUUAAUAAUUAAAAAAUGUACGAUUAUUAGUAUGCAAGCUCGAAUUCGAGGAUAUUUAUUACGUAAGAAAUAUAAAUUAAAUUAUUUUAAUAACAAUAAAAUAAUAAAAAUACAAGCAUGGUGGAGAGGUAUAUUGCAACGGAAACGUUAUAUUGCAUUACUCAAUCAAAUACAUGCAAAAAAUGAUUUAUUCUCUUAUCAAAAUAAUACCACUAAAUUAAUGGAGACCAAAUCUAUUGAUGUGCUAGACAUAUAUCGAGAUUAUGAACCACAAAUCAUAAAGAUCCAGGCCCUUUGGCGUGGACGAGCAGCUAGAAGAGCUUUCAAUUCUUUAUUACAUAUGGAAAAACCGCCAUUUCCUGUGGUCAGGCAUUUUUCUGCAAUUUUAAAUUUCAACGCCCAAGAUUACGACAAGGAUUUACAACUACAGCAUCUAAAACACGAAGUCGUUCAAAUUAUAAGACACAAUCAGAACUUGUCGCAACAAUUAGACAGUAUGGAUAUUAAAAUUGGUUUAUUGAUUCAAAAUAGAAUAACUUUGCAGGAUGUAGUUACGCAUGGUAAAAGUUUGGAAAAUCUUGCGAAACAGAGAAAUAAUAAGGAUAAUAAAAGUUUUGGAAUAUCGGAUAAUUUGUCAACACAAAAAGGAUUGAAAUCGUUGACUAAGGAAGGCCGUAAAAAACUCGAAGGUUAUCAACAUUUAUUUUACACGUUACAAACUAAUCCGUCAUAUUUAUCCAAAUUAUUAUUUUUAUUGCCGCAAAGUAAAACAAACAAAUUUUUACAAAAUGUAAUUUUGACGUUAUUCAACUUCGGAUCAAAUAUCAGAGAAGAAUAUUUGUUAUUGAAGCUUUUUGGCAGUGCGUUACAAGAAGAAAUAAGAUGUAAAUUUCAAAAACCGUCUGAAGUUGUUACUGGAGAUCCGUUGGUAUUAAAAUUAGUAGUGAAUUAUGCCCGACAAUUAAAUGGUCAACGAGCAUUAAGACAAAUAGUUGGACCCUUAAUAGAAAAUAUUAUAUCUGACAAGACUCUGGCGAUAGAAACAAAUCCUGUGGAUGCUUACAAAUGUUGGAGAAAUCAAUUGGAAAUGGAAACUGGUGAAACUCAAAAUCUUCCAUAUAUCGUAUCUCAUGAAGAAGCAUUAACUUACGAACACGUAAGAAAAAGAUUGAACGACAGUGUUAAUGUGCUAAAAAAAACUGCAUUAGAAUUUUUAACAAAAAUAACCGAAUCCCGUAAUUUAAUACCUUAUGGAAUGUUGUACGUAGCCAAAGUAUUAAACGAUACGUUAAGAGAAAAAUUUCCAAAUAGUCCAGAAAAAGAUAUCUUAAAAGUAGUUGGAAAUUUAAUUUAUUAUCAAUUUAUAAAUGCUGCUAUUGUAGCACCAGAUGCUUUUGAUAUUAUUACUUUACCAGUUGAUAGAACGCUAUUGAACGAUCAAAGAAGAAAUUUAGCUUGCAUAGCCAAAAUAUUACAAUUUGCUGCUUCCAAAAAAGGAUUUGGUGAAGAAGCUACGCACUUGAAUUGUUUGAAUCCAUUUAUUAUCGAGUGUCACGAAAAAUUUAAAACAUUUUUCCGAUAUUGUUGCCAAAUAGAAGACCUAGAAGAACAUUUUAAUAUUCACGAAUACACAGAAGCUACGCUCAUACAUAAACCAGAAAUUUAUAUUUCUUUACAGGAAAUUUGUGAUACACAUUGUCUAAUGUUAAAAUAUCAAGAUCAAAUAGCACCUGACCCAUUAGAUCCGCUUCAUGAUUUACUAGAAGAUUUAGAAUCUGCGCCAACCGUAGCAUCGUUGUUAGGAAUAUCUGAUCCGAUGUGCGAAGGAAAUUUGGCGAGACUCGGCAAAACAGAAGUUUGUUUAGUGCUUACAAAUAAAUUUCAGAUUCCAGAAGAUGAAGAUACGAAUUUAAGUAAAUUAUUUAUUAAAACCAAAGAGCUUUUGGUUUCUGUACUUCAAUUUUUAAAGGGUCCGACAUUAGUCGAUGCUUUAGCAAUUACAUCUUCUCCUAUAGACAACAAAAUAUUGAACACUUCAAAAUACAGUGCUAUGUCACCUAUGUUGAAUAUAAGUCAUAAAAGCUCAUCAUUGAAUGAUUGCAAGUUUCAAUUAUCAGUAUAUCUAAAUAAAUUACGGCUUGGAGGAUGGGUCAGUAAGGAAGAUGGUUAUCAAAAUAUUAUAACAGCAGUUGCAAAAGAUCUUUGUAAUAAGGGAAAAUAUAGAAUCAUAAGAAAUAACGAACUUAAAACUUUACAAAUGACUAAACAGAGUUUAGAAGAAAAAACCAGAUAUUAUCAAGAACAAGUCGAAUAUUACAAUAAAUAUAUACAAAAGUGUUUGGAAAAUUUACAUACUGGAAAAGGAUCCAUUCGAGCAUUACAUAUGGCACAAAAGGAUCAUAGGAAAUUGAAAUCUAAAAUGACAUUAAAGUAUUCAGCUGCGAAAUUGCAAGAGAAAGGUGUACUCUUAGAAGUAGAUGGUCUUCCACUUUCUCAAUGGAAAAACGUUCUUUUUGAGAUAAGUCCUACAGAACAUAAUGGCCUUUUUAUUGUACAUUGCAAAUUUAUGGGAGUAAACAUGGAAAAGGUAAACAUCGAUAUUCAAAAAUUACUUGAAUUACAAUACGAAGGUUCGCCGAUAAUGGAUAUGUUCGGAAAAGCCAAAAUCAAUGUCAAUUUACUUUUGUAUUUGUUGAAUAAGAAAUUUUAUGGUAAAAUCUAGAAAGUUUGGAUAAACAAAAUGUAAUGAAGUAAGUGAUUUUAUAAUUUGACGCAUUGUUCUUUUUCUUUUUUAUAAAAAUUACAUGCUAUAUAUAAAUUAUAAAAAAAAGAAACAAAUGAGAUCAAUUUUAUACAUAUUUUUUAAUUAAAUAUUAACAUCAUUUAUUUUUAAUUUAAUUGUAAGAAUAAUCAAACUACUGCCAUGUAAAACUAAUUCAACGCGUUCUUUCUUUUCUACUCAUUAACAAACUCUUUAUUAAUAUGAGGAAUUAUAUUUAUUCUAUUAUAACUUUUAUACUUUUUCUAUUCAAAAUACAUACGCACGCUUACUCAUGUCCGAUUAUAUACCUGUUAACACAGUUAUAUAACCUGUGUUAUGAAGGUGUAUAUAUCUACAGGUCUACUACCUUCGUACCGUGAUACCACCCACAUACAUGAUAAAUUAUCUCUUAUAAUAAUAUAUAUAAGUGUAUAUACGCAACACUCAACAGUAAUAAAUUAAACAGCCCCUGUACAUAAUUAAGAGAUGAAAACAUUUUUGUAUUAUGUCAAAAAUUUUUUUUUUUAUAAUAAAUAAUUUAUGAUGAAAGCAAAAUGAUAAUGUAAUGAUAUAAACUAUAAGUUUUUAUAAAUCAAUGCAGAUAUAUAUACAAAUUUCUCCUAGAGAUAUGAUUAAUAAGUGAACAGGUUUAAUGAUUAAUAAAACAAUUUAAUGAAAUAAACAGAAAUAUCAAUUAUAAUAAUUAAUAUAUUAAAAUAUAUUGUUUUUAAUGGAAAUUACACAAUACUUUAAGUGGAAAAAAUUAAGUAAAUACUAAUAUAAUUACUGGUCUUAAUCAUCUUGGCAAAUUUUAAUUGUAAUUCGUUUAAAAACAUUGUUUUAUUAUGGCGUUUUUCGAGUAGUAUUUCUGAAUUCAAUAAACUCCAUAAAUUUUGUA